AUGACUGAGAAGCACGUCAUUUCCCAAAACCCGGGGCUUGACCCUGAGAACGAGGCUGUGAUGGAGGCUCGAAAGUCUUCAGUGGAACAUGUCUACGACGUUGGCGAGAAGGGCCAGUUCACCAAGGCCGGUGCGAUCGACGCUGAAAAUGCAGAGCACAGCAUGGGUGUAUUGGAGGCUGUUCGAGCAUACCCGUCCGCUUCGUGGUGGGCUUUUGUCAUGUCCUGCACCAUUAUCAUGGAGGCCUACUGUGUGUUCCUGAUUGGCAACUUCAUUGCGCUUCCCGCAUUCGCCAACGAAUUCGGUGCUUUAAAUCCCAAGACUGGCGAGAGAGCCAUCACCACUCCAUGGCAAUCUGCACUCCAGAUGGGUGGACCAGUCGGUGCUUUCAUCGGUGUCUUCCUCGCCGGCCCCCUCACCAGCAAAAUCGGAUAUCGCUGGGCCACCAUCUUUGGAUUGAUGCUCCUUAACGCUUUCAUCUUCGUCUUCUACUUUGCAAACAGCCUCGGAGUCAUGUUGGCGAGUCAGCUUCUCGAAGGCAUCCCUUGGGGUAUCUUCAUCGCCAAUGCACCAGCCUACUGCUCCGAAAUUGUGCCUCUCAGACUCCGAGCUCCUGCUACACAGAUGUUGCAGAUGUUCUGGGCUAUCGGGGCUAUCAUCGUGGGUGGUGUGACUUAUCGCUACAACCCGUUGGAGUCGGCGACUGCAUACAGAGUUCCCAUCGCACUUCAAUGGAUGUUCCCCACCCCACUCGCCCUCCUUAUCUGGUGGGGACCCGAAUCUCCUUGGUGGUUGGUCCGAAAGGGACGACUUGAGGACGCCAAGAAGACCGUUGCACGAAUCGGACGUCUCGGUGGUGAGUCGGAGAGUAAUGAUGCAGUUGCCAUGAUGCGUCGUACCGUCGAGCUCGAGAAGACCGAAAAAGAGCCCAGUCUCAUCGAAUUAUGGAAGGGCACCGACCGCUACCGUACGCUUAUUGUGUGCUGUGUGUACGCAGCUCAGAAUCUUACCGGUAACCUUAUCGCCAAUCAAGCUGUCUUCUUCUUCAAGCAGGCUGGUAUCAAGGUAGACCUUGCAUUUGCCCUUGGUCUUAUUACUUCCGCCCUUCAAGCCGUUUUCGUCAUGCUCUCUUGGAUUCUCACCACAUACCUCGGCCGACGUACCAUCUACCUGUGGGGCUCAGCUUUCAAUACUAUCCUGCUGGUCGCCCUCGGUAUCGCAGGCUCCGUGGGCAAGUCAAAUGCAUCUUCCCUCGCCCAAGCAUCUCUUGGUCUGAUCGUCUCCGUGUUGUUCUGUCUUGGACCUGCCCCCGCCUCGUGGGUCAUCAUUGGUGAAACAUCUUCAAUCCGUCUUCGACCUUUGACCACUGGUGUUGGCCGUGGCUGCUACUAUGCAAUCAACAUUCCUUGCAUUUACUUGUCCAGCUAUAUGCUAAACUCGACCGGUGCAGAUCUUGGCGGCAAGUGCGGUUAUGUCUGGGCUGGCACCGGUUUUGUCUGUCUUGUCAUGGCUUACUUCUUCUUGCCCGAGAUGAAGCACAGAUCUUACCGUGAGAUUGACAUCCUGUUCAACCGCCAUGUCCCAGCUCGCAAGUGGACAAAAACCAUUGUCGAUAUCAACGACGACCACUAG